UAAAGGAAGUCUUUUCUCACCACUGUCACCAGCUGCUGCUCUUGGUGUGAAUUGUUGGGUCUCUGUAAAUAAUAUUAGAAAGAGAAGGUCUAGACCUGCUCUAUUUGAAAAGUACCUUGAGAUAACUUCUGUUGUCAAUGGGCUCUAUACAAAUAAAAGUCACUUGACUUGAUGACCAAAGUUCUUCCAGUUGAUCCUGAGGGGAGCAUCAACGUCUCAACCAAUUGAAAUGGGAAUAUUUCUUGAGAUAUUUCAGUGUGAAGAAAAAAGAAAAGAGAAGAAGAGACAGUCAUGUUGAUAUGAACAUUAGAGAAACACAUGAUGGAGCUGAAAUAUGAUCCUGGUUCAUAAUGUGGACUCCUUCACCUCAGCUGACACAUUCAACAGCAGACAGGUUUUUGUAUUAGUCUUUUUCACUGUGGGAGGAGGAAACUACUUCAUGUUUGGCUCUGGAACUAAACUGUAUGUAACAGAUGAGGCCGUAGUGAAGCCCGUGGUGAGCGUGUACCCAGCAGCACCCAGAGCCCACCCUGAGGGGAAGAGCUCCCUGCUGUGUCUGGCCUCAGCCAUGUCUCCUCCUCUGGUCCAGUUCUCCUGGAAAAGACAGAAGGAGGAUGGUCCUCUGGAGGAGCUGAAACCUGAUGAUGGAGAGCAGCUGGAGCUCAGAGAGUCGGGACGCACCGCCGCCAUCUUGCUGAUCCAUCAGCCAGAGAACAGCACAUAUAAAUACCGCUGCUACGUCAAGCACGAGGGCGGCAAAGUGGAGGCCCAAACACAACAAGAGGUUCCAGCUCCAGCAGCCCCCUGUCCUCCAGAGAGAGAGCCAGCAGACCUGGCAGCUCUGCAGCAAGAUGACUUGGUUCCCCUGGAUCCUCUCCAGCCUCAGUGCAGGGUGAAGCUGCUCUGUCUGCUCUACACAGUGCUGAUAGUGAAGAGUCUGGUGUACUGCUGUGGACUCUCUCUGCUGAUGAUCCUCACAAACAAGGGACCGUCCACCAACUGCACACAUGCUGACUGACUGUUUUCUGCUGGCCUUUUCUCACCAUCAAAUCUCAUCACUUCAUCUCAUUUAUCUCUUUGAUCACUGUUCACAAAUUUAAGCCAAAUGUAUCUUUAUAUUCACAGGUUAGAUACAGUCUGUCUACUAAUAAUAAAUACAUAUAUCAUAUAUCACACACAUAUAUUUGGAGUAACUGAGUUUAAAUUCUGUCCUUUUGUGUUGUUUUAAUGCUCUACAUCCACUUUUAAUUGUGACUUGUAUAUUAAUAGAAAAUGAAGCGUAGUCAUUAGUUGUCUGGUAAAUAUUCAACUGAUUAUUGUUGUUUUCUGUUCUCAUGUCUCUUUUUAAUACUUUCUGCAGAGUGUGGCUGGUUUGUCAAAUUCAUUCAUUGUAACAUUCUCAAUAAAUUAAUAAAUCUCA